CUAAGCAUCAGCACUUCACUCGCCAUCUCUCUCGCUACUUGAGCUCCUCAUCUCUAGCACUGCACAAAGCACUACCGUAGUCAAUCAGGCCUUCCUUGCGUUCUCAGCGCGAUUGUGCAGAGCUCGUUGCGCAUUCUUCUCUUACAAAAUGGCCUCCAUGACAGCCGCAACCGCUUCCGCCUUGCAGGUAGGAAGCAUCAGCUCAGUGUCCAGGACCACUGUUUGCAAGUCCGCAUCCGUCAGUUUGGGAUCGUCAGCAAGUCUGAGGGGCCUGAGAUUGAGGGCUGCCCCCGCACCACGACUCCGAUCGACCCGACCGUUCGCUAUCCGCGCCGAGGAUGGCUCAGGAAUCGUGGACUCUGUCAAGGAAGGAGCCGAUCAGGUUGCCAAGAAUGUUCAGGCCGGAGCCAAUAAAGCUGGCGAAGUUGUCUCAGACGCUGCCUCAAAUGUCAAGUCCGGAGCACAGAAUGUCGUGGAAACUGUGAAGGACAAGGCUGGAGACUUGACCGGACAGGCCAAGAGCGCCAGCAAGGAUCUCGGAAACAAGGCUGAGGACGUCAAGGACAGCGUCAAGGAGGGAACUGACAAAGCUACCAGCAAAGCACAGGACGCUGGAAAGGAUCUCCAGGGAAAAGCUGAGGAUGCUACGUCGUCGGCCCAGUCGAGCUUUAAGGACGCUUCGAGGCAGGCUGAAGGAGCCGUCAGAGAUGUUUCGAAGUCUGCUCAGUCAGGAUUAGACGAUGCCUCGAGCAAGGCCAAGUCUGGUAUCGAUGACGCAUCCAGGAAGACAGAGAAGGCCGCCAACGACCUGAAGAAUUAGAGGGAGAAGCUCAAUCUGUCGACAACGCCGCUGUCCUGAAACUUGUGCCAUAGCCUACCAUCAGAUUUUGUAUAAUGUGUAGAGAAUUCCUGAUAGAAUUGAGGCGACUCACGAUCUCCAAUAUCUCUUCAAGUCUUCGAUUUCGAUUGCAAGGUCUCCAAUAUCUUCAGCUCCAGCAGCUUCUGUUUCAUCUACUGCGAACGGAGGAGAAGCUGGAUAUGUAGAUACUGGAGCUUUUUCCUAAUUAGAGAUAUAUCACAAACUCAUGAUUCCUCUUUCGCGAGGUAACUUGUGAAAUAGGUCCAUCAUAUAACUUAGCACAGCCAUCAGCGGAUUAUUUUCUGCUAGAUGUCUUCCUUC